AUGAAACAUGGUGCUUCAGUGCAGCACUUUGACUCUUUGUCAAAUAUUGGGAGAUCAACAACGGCGAGUUCGACGAGGAUGGAAACAGAUGUCCAUCACUCGGCACGACCAGAAGACCACGCCAUGGCACAAGUAGAGUCCACGGCGUAUAAGACACAUGGUAGGAAUCUCGGACAGAACCCAUUCUUGAUUGCGGACAGGGAAUCUGGGAGGAAAGCCAUCACGCCCAAGCAGUCAAACAUUGUGGCAAGCAGGAAUGAGGAAGUUCAUGGUUCACCAACUAGAAACGUGCUACAGCCUGAACUGGAAAAGGCGACUCCGUCUCGGAACGACCAACGACACACCAUAUCCCGUGUGGGGGACACAAACAUGGAACGUCAGGACAACCAUAGACAUCACUUUGUCAGUCUUCAUGGUACUCCGCAUGUUGCUGAGCAUCUCGUAGACAGAUUUCGCAGCAAGCUUCAGAACUGGUCUGCCCAACAUUCCACGAAACAUUCGAAGCCAAUGACGCCUGUGCAAGCUGUCGCAGAAAAGAACGCCACCGAAGAAGCACGACCGCCGCACGGCCAUGGAUGGACAGAACCAGCCGAAAAGCAGCAGCGCAGCAAUAAUCUGGAUUCGAAGAAUUUGGAGAAAAUCGCGGCUUCCAAGAUCACCUCCUGGCAGCAACGCAUAGAUGAUGAAGGACGCAACACGACCCAAGCUAAGGCUUCCACGGGAGAUCAAAGACCAGUGGUCCCCCGAGGUCGUCUGAACAGUCCGCCCGCUUGGCUAAUCAGUCCUCAGAAAGAGCCUUCUCAAGCCUGGGUCCACCAGAAACUUCGACAUGUUUCGUCCCAAGGCUCUCACGAUGCUUGGCGAAGCCAUCAACCGGACACAGAGUUACCGAAGCGCCCAAAGUCCUCGAUUCACGAGGAUUUGAGAAGAAAGCGGAGCCAAGUCCCAGUUGCUGAGCGUGUGAAGCAGCUUCAAGAUCUUGACUUGUCAAGAAGGGCAAGCGAGAUAGGCACAACAGCACAUGAGGAAAAUGCAAAAAGUAUAUCGGAGUUUUGCUCGUCUCAGACCCAAACGCGGCACAUGAACCACGCAGGGCUCUUUCAAGAGCAACACAAAAUGCCUGUGUCAUUUGCAAAGUCCACAAGUCGCAAUAUGGCUGAACAUGAGGUAAUCCAUGGUAAAGAUUUAGAAGUGCGCCCUCGGGAUCUGGUGGCAAGUCCUGCUCAGCACAGUCCACAAUUUGCUGGCAAGCGAGAAUCAAGUUUUAAGCACAAAUUCGCCACCAACAUGGCUACAACAAAUAAACGUCUUGAGCAUUUCCGACGCCAAGAUCAAUACCUACAAGAGAGCUACCGACAAGCGAUAACAAAAGCUGAAGCUGAACUCGACCGCCUUCGUGAAGAAAAGAACAAGAAUGGAAAGGAGCUAACCGAGCAAGCAUCGUCCAGCCGCAUCACAGCCAGUGGCUUCUCGACACCUUCGCAGAUCUUGCAGCCACGACAAGUGCCCUUCAACCUCCAGCAGCGAGAGCAAGCGUCCGACAGUCAAACGUCAACUGAAAUCGCCUCACGUCGCAAAGAAGCUCUCAUGGUAGUCGGCAAACGCUCGGAUCUGGACUUGCACCGUCCAUCGGCCGUUGCGCCGCCCACCCAUGAGUGUAGUUGGAGGGACCGGUAUAUGGCUCUUACAUCCGAAAUUCGUCAGCUGAAGGCCGAGAUGUCGUCUGUAACUCGCGUGCUAGAAAGUACAGAGCAUGAGGUCAUGCACGAGGAUCGGAUGCUAGGCAUUGAGAGCGUGACGAUUGUGAUGCAUCUCAAAGACAAGGACGACCUUGUGAUCAAUACCGACUUGACGCAGGAAGGGGAUGAGUGA